UAUUAAAAAAGAUGAUUGUAAUAAACAAAUUGAGAAUACAAACAAUAUAGUUAUGGUCAAAAGAAGUAACACAAAGUCUACAAAGACUAUGUGUUUCAACGAAGACGUAUGCGACGCAAUUGACGAUCUAUGUGACAUUCUAUCAGAAUGGAAUGCUCUUCUUUUAUCAGAAUAUAACAGAGACCCUGACAUUAAGUGUAUUGAUAAUAUCAAAGAUUUACUGAAAAGUAAAAAUAAUGCUGUUUGGGAUAAAAUAGUUGAGAAGGCUCAAAAAUUAGGUGAAGUGACAGCUAGAGAAAUAUCUGCGAUGGGUAUAUAUAAACUAACUCGAAAUCAUGGGGUUCAUAAGGGAAAAACGUUACCAAGAAACGAUGCACUUGAGCGUUUGAAUAUAGCUAGUGCAGAUAUAUCACAAAUUUGCAAGCAGGGAUUUAAAAAAUGUAUUGAGAUUAUUAAUAAUAUGUAA